AUGGCGUCCGUAGAUGCUACAGACCCCUCGAACGCCUCAAAGGCCACUCUGAAGCUUGAGAACACAGAGAAAAGAGAUACCCUCAUCGCUAUCGAGAAGAAGUACCAAGCUCAGUGGGCCGAACAACGUAUCUUCGAAACCGACCCACCAACGCUUGAGGAAGAUCCUGCGUAUGAUGGAGAAACCCUCCGUAAGAACCACCCAAAGUUCUUCGGGUGCAUGGCAUACCCGUACAUGAACGGAAAUCUCCAUGCAGGACACUCAUUUUCAUUGAGCAAAAUUGAGUUCCAGACUGGAUACGCAAGAAUGACAGGGAAAAGGGCCUUGUUCCCUCUCGGCUUCCACUGCACUGGAAUGCCGAUCAAGGCUUGUGCUGACAAGCUCACGCGUGAAGUCGAACUGUUUGGCGAGAACUUUGAGAACGUACCGGCGGAGGAUGACGACGAGCCGGCUCCCCCAACAAGUGCUGCUGCGCCCAAGGACGAUGUAACGAAAUUUGCGGCGAAAAAGGGAAAGGCUGCGGCAAAGGCUGUCAAGCUCCGGUAUCAGUUCCAGAUCAUGCUUGCGCUGGGCAUUCCCCGAGAAGAGAUCCACAAGUUUGCCGACUCCUCCCACUGGCUCACCUACUUCCCCCCCAUCUGCCGCCGCGAUUGUACAGCUCUUGGUCUCCGUAUUGACUGGCGCCGCUCCUUUAUCACAACAGAUGCCAACCCCUACUACGACGCCUUUGUCCGCUGGCAGAUGAACCGUCUGAAGGAGCUUGGAAAGAUCAAGUUCGGAGAGCGUUACACAAUCUACUCACCAAAAGAUGGACAGCCUUGCAUGGACCACGACAGAAGCGAUGGAGAGGGUGUUGGCCCUCAGGAAUACACGGCUAUCAAAAUUAAGGUCUUAGAGUGGACAGAGGAGGGCAAGAAAACUUUGGAAGGGAAAUUGCCAGAGGGCGCAGAAGUUCACCUGGUGGCCGCUACACUGAGGCCGGAGACGAUGUACGGCCAGACAUGCUGUUUUGUCGGCCCCAAGAUCUCUUACGGAGUUUACCAAGUUUCCCCCACUGAGUUCUACGUCUGCACCGAGCGCGCUGCCAGGAACAUGGCUUUCCAGGGUAUCUUCCCUGAGCGUGGUGUCUACAAGUCCGUUGCCACAGUCCUUGGGUCGGCCCUUGUUGGGUCUCUUGUGUAUGCUCCUCUUUCUGUGCACACAGUUGGUGUCCGCGUUCUUCCUAUGGAGACAGUUCUUGCCACCAAGGGAACUGGUGUUGUUACUUCUGUACCAUCAGAUUCGCCAGACGACUAUGCAACUGUCACAGACCUUGCCAAAAAGGCUGACUACUACGGAAUCAAGAAGGAGUGGGCUGAACUUGAAAUCGUCCCUAUCAUUAACACCCCAUCAUACGGAAACUUGACUGCCGAGUUCUUGGUGAAGAAGCUGAAGAUUAACUCUCCAAAGGAUGCUAAGCCAUUGGCAGAGGCUAAGGAGCUGGCGUACAAGGAGGGUUUCUACCAGGGAACUAUGCUUAUUGGUGAAUUCAAGGGUGAGAAAGUAGAGGCCGCGAAGCCCAAGGUUCGGGAGAUCCUCUUGAAGAAAAAGGAAGCCUUCGUUUACAGCGAGCCUGAGGGCCAUGUCCUGUCCCGUUCUGGAGACACUUGUGUUGUUGCUUUGUGCGACCAGUGGUACCUCGAUUACGGAGAGGCGACCUGGAGGAAGCAAGCCGAGGGUUUGGUCGGAGAGAAGCUCAAGACCUAUCACGAGGAGACUAAGCACGGCUUCCAAGCAAACCUCGCUUGGUUGAACCAGUGGGCUUGCGCCAGAUCUUACGGCCUUGGAAGCAAGCUUCCGUGGGACCCUCAGUUCCUUGUCGAGAGUUUGUCUGAUUCAACUAUCUACAUGGCCUACUACACGAUUGCGCACUACCUCCACAGCUCUAUUGACGGAAAGGCCCUUGGUCUUGCCGGAAUCACGGCUGAGCAGAUGACCGACGAGGUGUUUGACUACAUCUUUACUCGCCGUGAGCUCAGCGCGGAUGCCCUCACAUCUACCGGAAUCAAGGAGGAAUGGCUCAAGAAGAUGCGCCGGGAGUUUGAGUACUUCUAUCCUCUUGAUGUUCGUGUCUCUGGAAAGGAUCUCAUCCAGAACCAUCUUACCUUCUUCCUGUACAUCCACAUUGCACUUUUCCCACCACAGCACUGGCCACAGGGUGUCAGGGCGAACGGACAUCUUAUGCUUAACGGAGAAAAGAUGAGCAAGCACACUGGAAACUUCUUGACGCUGGAAGAGACGGUAAAGAAGUUUGGUGCCGACGCGGCGAGAAUUGCCCUCUCCGACGCAGGUGAUGGUGUUGAAGACGCGAACUUUGAAGAGAAGGUUGCGUCAACAUCGGUUCUUAGACUGUACACUUUGAAGGAAUGGUGUGAGGAUAUGGUGAAGGCCGCCGAAGCCGGAAAGCUGAGAAGCGGACCUAAGGACAACUUCUGGGAUAAGGUGUUUGAGAACGAGAUGAACGAGCUUACCCAAGCUACAAGGGAAAACUACGAAGGGACGUCUUAUAAGCUUGCGCUCAAGACCGGGUUCUACGACUUCCAGUCUGCGCGUGACACUUACCGUGAGGCCACUGUUGCUAUUGGAAUGCACAAAGACUUGGUUCUCGACUUUAUCAAGCGCCAGGCUCUGAUGAUCAACCCAAUUGCUCCCCACUGGGCUGAAUACAUCUGGCAGGAUCUGUUGAAGCAGCCCACCACCAUCCAAAACGAGCUCUUCCCCAAGCUUUCCGCGCCCAUUUCCCUAGAACUCACCGCUGCGCGUAACUAUGUACACGCAAUCUCCACAAACAUCACCUCCACCGAAGCCGCCCAGAUGAAGAAGAAGGCCAAGGGUAAGGGCACAGCCUACGACCCGCAGCAGCCCAAGAAACUCACCAUCUUUGUCGCCCUCACCUACCCUGCCUGGCAAGACAAGUACAUUGAUCUCGUGCGCGAGGCCUUUGACGAAGUCAAGCUCAGCGUCAACGACAAGGAGCUCAACCCCAAGAUCCAGAAGCUCGGCGAGAUGAAGAAGGCCAUGCCCUUUGUACAGACCCUCAAGAGACGUCUGCAGAGCGAGCCGUACGCAACGGUGUUUGAUCGCAAACUGGUAUUCGACGAGGUCAACACGCUGGAGCAGGUGCUGCCAACGCUGAAGAAGAACACGGGGUGCAAGGAGGUCAUCAUCACGGUUGUGAGCGAGGAGAACAAGGCGAGCCUGUCGCAGAUUGCGGAGAACGCGGAGCCGGGCAACCCGAGGUUUGAGUUUGAGAACAUUGCAGCAUAG